AUGGCAUGCCCUGUAUGCAAGGAAGAUGUAACUUCUAGUUGGCAUCAGAGAUGGUUGCCAUGGGACCACGAAUGGCGGGAAAAGGAUAAAGAGUUUGACGGGAACACAGAGCGUCACCUCAGACCUAGAGAAUGGUCUGGUGAUGACAUCUUGGAACAGCUUAACCGUUUGGAUUUUGCUCUGUUCAGCAAAACAGUUAGUUGGACCAGACCUUCUACACAUAUGAACUGGACGCACAAGUCUAUGUCCUUUGAGCUCCCAUAUUGGUCGAAACUAAAAUUGAGGCACAAUCUCGACGUUAUGCAUGUUGAGAAAAAUGUGUUUGACACUUUGAUAGGUACGAUUCUAGACAUUGAGGGCAAGACAAACGACACAAUCAAAGCUCGUCUUGAUUUGGAAAGAAUGGGCAUACGAAGAGGUUUAUGGAUGAACAGGGACGGUGAUAAAGCUAGAAGGGAUCUGGCAUUUUUUUCCAUGAAACCGGAUGACAAAAAAGAUUUUCUAAAGUUUGUAUCGUCGGUAAAGUUUCCCGAUGUUUGUGCCUAA